CCCGGCGGCAGCGAGGCGGUGGCGGGGACCGGCUCGCCCACCCGCCCCGUCGAUGGGAAAGGAGGAGCCUGGGCCGGCGGCGCGCAGGCGGGGGGGGCGCUGGCAGGAACUUCGGCGGGGCUGAGUCUGCGGCCCCGGGACGGCAUCGAGGGAAGCCCCGGGCAGCCGGCGGCGGCGGCAGCCUAUUGCAGAGUUCUGUCAUCCGUGAUGGCGUCAGCUCUACCCAGAACCCUUGGGGAAUUGCAGCUGUAUCGAAUACUACAAAAAGCAAAUCUCUUAUUCUACUUCGAUGCCUUCAUUCAGCAGGGUGGCGAUGAUGUCCAGCAGCUCUGUGAAGCAGGUGAAGAGGAGUUUUUGGAGAUAAUGGCUCUCGUAGGCAUGGCUAGCAAGCCGCUUCAUGUCCGAAGGCUGCAGAAGGCUUUGAGGGACUGGGUCACAAACCCUGGUCUUUUUAACCAGCCUCUCACCUCCUUACCGGUCAGCAGCAUUCCAAUAUAUAAGCUGCCGGAAGGGUCUCCUGCGUGGCUGGGGAUAUCCUGCAGCAGUUAUGAAAGGAACAGCAGCACCAGAGAGCCUCACUUGAAGAUUCCAAAAUGUGCUGCCACGACAUGUGUGCAGAGCGUAGGCGCGAGCAAAUCCGAUGUGGUGGGGAACUUAUCGCUGCAGAGUGGCAGUGAACCGAGACUCUGGCAAGGACACCACACCACAGAGAGCGAACAUAGUCUUUCCCCAGCUGACCUUGGCUCUCCAGCUUCACCAAAGGAAAGCAGUGAGACCCUGGAUGCCGCUGCUGCUCUGUCUGUUGCUGAAUGCGUAGAACGUAUGGUUCCCUCCCUGCCCAAAAGUGACUCGAAUGAAGUCAAGGAGUUACUGAAAACAAAUAAGAAACUGGCAAAGAUGAUUGGUCACAUCUUUGAGAUGAGUGACGAGGACCCUCACAAAGAGGAGGAGAUCAGGAAGUACAGUGCAAUAUAUGGCAGAUUUGACUCGAAAAGAAAGGAUGGCAAGCAUCUCACGCUCCACGAGCUAACAGUUAAUGAAGCAGCCGCUCAGCUGUGUGUAAAAGAUAACGCGUUGUUGACCAGGAGAGAUGAACUCUUCGCACUAGCUCGGCAAAUCUCUCGAGAAGUUACAUACAAGUAUACUUACAGGACCACCAAAUCUAAAUGUGGAGAAAGGGAUGAGCUGUCACCAAAGAGGAUCAAGAUAGAGGAUGGUUAUCCUGAUUUCCAGGACACAGUCCAGACGCUCUAUCAGCAAGACAAAAUGCCACUUGCUUUGGCUAAAGGAAAGAAUGAAGACUCAACAGCUCUUAAUUCCCAGCAAUCGGAAAAGGUGAUGGCAAAACAGAUGGAGUUUCUUUGCAACCAGGCUGCAUUAGAGAGGCGUCUUUCCACAGGGUGUUACAGACAAAACUCCGAAGAGCACAGCCCCAAUGGCAUGUCAUUAGAUAAUGCUGAUGGACAAGGUGAAAGACCGCUGAAUCUCCGAAUGUCAAAUCUGCCAAGUAGACAGUUGCAGCACAUUUCACUUGAUGGAGAGCAGCAUGUUGGAAAACCUCUGUGCAGUGAUUUGAUCCGGCUUUACCCCAGUGGUGAGGCGAAGUCCCAGUCCUCGGAAGGCCUUGGUAUUUUAAAGGAUUUUCCUCAUUCGGCUUUUAACAACAUAGAAAGGAAGGUCAUAAAAACAGAACCUGAAGACACAAGAUAGUCAUUCUGCCAUGGAAAAUGGUGUCAUAGUAAAGAAUGAAACUUCACAAGAGAAAAAAAACCAGCCUUAAUAACCAGUGUUGCCUCAUUCAAAUACGAGAUUUCAAUAGCCAAAGCCUAAGAACUGGUACAGUAGUCUGUGGAAACAGGAAAGCAAGAGACACUGCAAACUAAAACAGUAAUACAGGUGGAUAAACAUUCCUGUAAAAGUGGUUUUAUAACGUGGGAAGAUACACAAAUUAAUAUUGUGGGUCUUCAUUAUUUAAGAAUGUAUUAUGUAUUUGUAUAACUUAUCAAAGUAAAUCUAGAUGUCGGGACGUGUAUUGAGUCCAGUAGAUGUGGCUACAGUUCAUUUUACUUGAAAUUUCAAUGUCUACUUUAAGUGUACCUAGCGUAGAUAUCGUUGUUAAACAUUUGAAUUAAAAAUCCUUGGAGAAUUAGGAAUGCGAACCUCGUGACACAAUUAACAGCAAGUUUGCAACAAUGUUUGUAGAAAAAAGGAAAAUGCUUAAAAUAUUUCAUGGUUUAAAAUGUUAUGUGGAUAUAGCAUUUGAUAGACCUAGACCCUGAUUCUGUAUUAUAGCGGACGUACUUGACACUUAACUAUCGUUACAUCACUUUCAAUGGUUUCAGCAGCCUUUGUGUAACACACUUAUAGCAUAAUACCUACCUACAGUUCAGGAGCGUAGAAAAUGCCAGUUAGAAUAUGGAAGAGUCCGUAUGAUUGGCUCCCAUUUCGUUAGGAAAAACUGUGGUUUGAUAUACUGUACAAUUAGUAAAAUCUCAUUUGGUAGGAAACCCAAGAGACCAAGUAGCAUGGACAGGGCUGCAGAAAUUGUGAUUCAGACCAUUUUAACUUUUUGGACUUCUCU